ACUACAGGAUACUAUGCGUACAUCCAACGCCGUUCUUGUACCAUAUGCUGCUAUCAGAGCCCUGGGCCCAUAUCAGCAUAAGCAAUCGAACGGGAUUCCGAGCCAGAGAGGGCGUGCAAAGGCGAGCGAAGUGGGCGGAUUCUCAGUUUCAUACCUCUGCUUUGUACGCCUUGGUGUUGGCUAUGACUCCAUAUGGUAAUGCGCGACUUUCGAAAUCUGU